CUUGAUUAAUUAUGGUUGUUUAGAUCUGAUUAAUAUUAGGAUUAUAUGAAUUGGGAAUUGGGAAAUUAGGGUUCUUUGUUGUUACUGUAAUUAGUGUUCUUUGAGUCAAUAUGCAGUAUAUUCUUCGGUCCUUCUCAUGAUUUAAGACGAUUUUAGGCAUUCCAACCUCUUACAUAUGUUUUGUUGAUCUUGUUUGAUGCGUUUAUUGUAGUUAAUUUGUUAAUUUUGCUGACUUUUUUGUCCCUCUCAUUGUGUCACGGUGUCACCGGAGAUUUUCAGUUUUGUCACCGGUGGUUCUCUGUUUUUGAAUCAUCCUUCGCCUGAAAUCCAUGUACAGAGACCAACCAUCUUAUACAGGCAAGACAUGGAGUGCUUCCAUUUCACGAAUGAAUCAAGUGGAUGCAUUUGAUGAAUAUCUCCGUCUUUCUGAAACAAUGGCGAUUUUAUGCUUGGAAAACUUUGUUAAAGGCAUAAUAAGUUUAUUUGGAGAUGAGUACUUGAGGAGACCCACACCUGAGGAUCUUCAACGACUACUUGAUAUUGGAGAGCUACGUGGAUUUCCCGGGAUGAUAGGAAGCAUCGAUGUAUGCAUUGGGAGUGGAAGAAUUGCCCGACUGCAUGGAAAGGUCAAUAUACACGAGGCUCUGGAAAGCCGACAAUCGUUUUAGAGGCGGUAGCAUCACAUGAUAUCUGGAUACGGCACGCGUGUUUUGGACCUCCAGGUACAUUAAAUGAUAUCAAUGUUCUUGAUCGAUCACCUGUUUUUGAUGAUAUUUUACACGGCCGAGCUCCAAAAGUGAAUUAUAUUGUCAACGGAAACGAGUACCAUUUGGCUUACUAUCUCACAGAUGGUAUUUAUCCAAAAUGGGCUACUUUUAUUCAAUCUAUUCCAAUUCCACAAGGUCCAAAAGCAUCUUUAUUUGCUACAUAUCAAGAAGGUGUACGUA